CCAUGGAGGUGAGCACUGUGUCCCCAUCUCCUGCCUCACCCACUGAAGGAGAUAAUACAUGUGGAAUUGAUAUCACCGAUGCGGCCGUAGUUGGCAUCAUGCUGCUCAUCUGCCUCUGUGGGCUGGCUGGGAACGGGGCUCUGCUCUGCCUCCUCAGGUUCUGCAGGAACGCCAUCACAGUCUAUAUCUUCCAUUUGGCUGUCGCCGACUUCAUCUUCCUGUUCUUUGUGGCCACCUCCCUCCUGCUCCACCUGCUGGAGGAACUUUCCUGCUACACUAUUACACUCCGGGAGUACCUGAAGUUGUUUUUCCAGCUCUCGCUGUUCUCUUACACCACGGGGCUGUACCUGCUGACAGCCAUCAGCGUCGAGAGGUGCACAUCCGUCCUCUGCCCGCUCUGGUACCGCUGCCACCGUCCCCGGCACCUAUCAGGGUUCAUGACUGUCCUUCUCUGGACCCUCCCCUUUGUUACAGUGGUUAUCCUGUGCCUGUCACUGAGGCCCCAGCACUGCCAGGUGUCUCUCAUCUCCAUGAAUGCUCUCAGCCUCCUGCUCUUUGCUCCAGCCAUGCUCAUUUCCAGCACAAUUCUCUUCAUUAAGGUCAAGUGUGGCUCCCAGCAGCAGCAACUCAAGAGACUUGACAUCGUCAUCUUCCUCACUGUGCUCUUCGUCCUCCCCUUCACUCUCCCACUCAGCCUCUGGAGUUUUCUGCAGCAGUUUGGCUACACCAUGGUGUCAGCCCAAGUGCGCGGGGAGCAGAGCCCAGGAGCCCCUGAAACCGAGGUCAAGGCUGUCGUCGUCGGGGAUGGCGGCUGCGGGAAGACGUCGCUGCUGGUGGCCUUCGCCAAAGGGGACUUCCCCAAGGUCUAUGUCCCCACCGUGUUCGAGAAGUACACAGCGUCCCUCCAGGUUGCCGGCAAGCCCGUGAAGAUCCACCUGUGGGACACAGCAGGACAGGAAGACUACGACAGGCUUCGCCCUCUGUCCUACUCAGAUGCCAACGUUGUCCUCAUGUGCUUUGAUGUCACCGACUCCAACAGCUUUGACAACAUCCUAACAAAGUGGUACCCGGAGGUGAACCACUUCUGCAAGGGGGUCCCGGUGCUGCUGGUGGGCUGCAAGACGGACCUGCGGCAGGACCAGGAGGCGCUGCAGAAGCUGAAGGACGGGCGGAUAGAGCCCGUCUCCCGCCAGCAGGGAGAGGCCAUGGCCCGGCAGGUCCACGCCGUGUCCUACAUGGAGUGCUCGGCCAGGUACCAGGACAACGUCGGGAACAUCUUCGUGACAGCCUGCAAUGUCGCCAUCAGCGCCGCCCGCCGGAGGCAGCGCAAGGCGGGACCCAGGAGGGGCUGCGCCAUCCUCUGA